CAACCGGAAGUUAAAGACGGUGCACUUCCUGGUUUGUUUGCCGUUGACAAGUGUGAAGAGUUGCGGAGACCAAGCAGAAAAAGGUUCGCUUUUUAAUAAAAAUAAAAAAAAGAUGGCGCUUAUGAUAAAUUCAUUUGCGAGAUUCCCAGUUUUGCGCUAAACAGAGAGAAGAACUCAAAUAGUUUGCGUCCCGUUAGCUGUUAUGCUAGCUAGCAGCUACUGCAGAGAGCUCAGUACUGAAGUACCGACGUACAGCGAGUUGCUGGAGGUUCUGCUGAGUUCAUCCAGGUAACAAAAGAGAACCUCAGCGUUUCACAGGAGAAGAUCUAGUGAGUCUCACCUCAGGCAGACCUGGACUAGUUUGAACCACGAUGGGGUUCUUCAGAGGACAGAACUGACUGCAGGAGCGUCCUGGUCCUGGUCCCGAAGCUUCCGUUUGGAUCCGGUUCGUGACUCCGGUCCACAGACGCUCAAAGCUGCACGUGCCGUUUCAACAGGCAGACAUUGAGAUGACAUCAGAGCGGCAGCUGGUGGAGGAGCAGGUGGAGCGGCUGCUGAGUGGCCAGGGGUCAGAGGUCAGCCUCUGUGAUGUCGGCAUGGAGCAGAGCAAGCCGGCGGCGCUGAGGAAGAACAUUACCUACAUCGUCUGCGCCGUCAUCUUCAAUGAGAAGGAGGAGGUGCUGAUGGUGCAGGAGGCCAAACAGGACUGCUACAAGCAGUGGUACCUUCCUGCAGGGAGGGUGGAGGUGGGGGAGAGCCUGGAGGAGGCGCUCAGGAGGGAGGUGAAGGAGGAGGCGGGGUUUGACUGUGAGCCAAUCACCAUGCUGCUCAUCCAGGAGCAAGGGCCACAAUGGAUCCGCUUCAUCUUCCUCGCCAGGAUCUCAGGUGGUAGUUUGAAGAGUCUGGCAGCAGCAGAUCAGGAGUCUCUGCAGGCCGCCUGGUGGGACAGACAGUCCCCCCUCCCCCUCAGAGGACGAGACAUCCUCCGCCUCAUCGAAAACGGGCUCAAGUACCGCAGGAAUCCCUGGCAUCCUGUCACUCUGCCAGUUGACCUGAGUUGUCGUCACGUGGUGCAGAGGAUGGUCCUGGUCUUUGUUGGUGCCGAAGAUCAGAUCUGGAUCCUAUUGGUCCGAGGCCCGACGCCCCAUCUCCCCACCGCCGCGGCGGUGAAAACCCAUGCGGUGACGUGGGCGGCCAACAUGGUGGUGCAGGAGGCCCUGCCGUCGUCCUACUACGACCACGACGUCGCCACGCUGGGCGUCUGCGGCCUGCAGCACAACGGGCGGCAGCACGGGCGCACGGACGGUGUCUGCCUCAACACGCUGGUGGCGCUCGUGCCCGAUCGCGUGCAACGUGACGAGGACGGACUGAAGGUGGAGCUCCCGCCUACGGGGAGGCCCCCACCCAUAGAGAACCCCCGAUACGUCUGGUUUGAGGUUCAGAAUCUGGAUCUCAGAGAGAAACUUCUGGAAAAAACCAGAAACACGUCCGUGCUGCCGAUUCACAGCCUGUACUGAGCGCGCUCAGUGACAGCAAGCGGACUUUCAGGGUGACCUCACGACCUCAGCGUCUCAGAUGGAGGGAAAGUAUUUGCCCCCUGAGGGGUAUUAUCAUGUUGCGUCAGUGUUUCCUGCAGUUGUCAAUGUGAAUGUGUGACUGUGAAGCUUUCAGAGCAGAAUCGUUCUCCUCCCAGGAAGGUCCGUUUGUGGCUCAUCCAGAUGUUCCUCUGGGUUCUUGUUCCUCAGCCGUGUCUUUUUCCUUCAUGGAUCCGCGUUUGUUCUUCUGACUGUUGGAUCGGGAACCAUCUUCUACUGCUUUCAGGAUGAGAUCUCUUUGUGGAGCCGUUUUGAUUGAUGGUUCCACCGAAGGUUCUCUGAUGGAUCUCUGAAGUUCUAAAGCUGCAGGAACGUCCGUGUGACUCCUGGAAACGUGUCAGAGGCCGUGGGAGAACCUGAAGAUGUUCAGAACAUCCAGACUUCAGGAGACACCGUUUCAGAUCAACAUCUGUUCCUUCAGCUGCUGAUGAACACAGAAGCUUCAAUGUGUGAUGAAGAAAUCGUUUCUCAGGGAGGGGGGCAAAGACUUUCAUUGAGGGGUUUUUGAGUGCAGAUCGUGGGGUUAAAGGUCGUGUUUAAAUGAACUUUUCUCUAGGAAAUGAGACAAACGUUUGGACUGAAAUGUGUCUGAAUGAUGUGUGACGGCAUUGAUGCACUUUAACGGCGUUCUGUUCCAGAGAAAAGCAGUUUAUGGGAUCAACUGGACAUAUAAAUAUAUAAAAACAAAGAAUCCACAGAA